AUGUCCUCUAACGUCGGUCUCUCCACACCCCGCGGCAGCGGCACGUCGGGCUAUGUGCAAAAGAACCACGCCUUCCUGCGCCCGCGUAACUUUGGAGCCGGUGCUCCAUAUCCGUCUCCCUCUUCCGCAAAUGACCGAGACAGACCCGAGUCGGCCUUCAAGCAGCGACAACCAGACAAAGCGAUCCUGGAGCACGAGAUGAAGCGCGAGAUCGAGGUUAAGGUCUUGGAGGAGCGUGAGCGGUUAGAGGAGAUUAAUGAACGGGUCGAGGAGGGGACGGGAGAUGAGGGCGAGAAGGUGCGCAGUGAGGAGGAGAUUGAGGAGGCUUGUGAAAAGUUGAGGGCGCGACUUACGAAGGAGAUGGAGGAGGGGAGGACUAAUGGUAGAGGUGUAAAUGCGAAGGGGAGGGAUGAAAAGAGGGGAUUCAAGGCUUAUCAGGUGCAUGAGCUUGCUGAGGCGAAGAUUAAGGAGAGUGAGCGGUUGAGAAAGGCGCUUGGGAUUAGGGAUCAGGACGAGCGGGGAGAUGGGGGGAGUGCGAGGGGGGAGAUUGAGCGGAGGAGGGGGAAGGAGAGGGAGAGGGAACGAGAGAGGGAUUAG